AUGGGCUUCACGUGGCCAUCCCUAGGACGCUGGACGUCCAACAGAAGAAGACCCUCGAGAUCAUCCCGCGAACCAUACCGUCACCGCCCUACGACGUCGACGACCAAGACGUCGGAGUGUUACUCUCCCACCACCGAUCAAGCCCCCGAAGACGAAGACGAAGACAGAGAGUCCAAGUACAACUGCCCCCAGAAUACGCACAGCUACGACACGCCUGAUAUUUCUAUGUACGGCGGUGACCUGUCACCCAUAUACCGCAUCUCGGCCCCUCCGGCUCAGGGCGUCAGGGAGACGGAGUUGUUGCUCAGAGGUGAGUCCCCCGCGGCGCUCAUCAAGCUCAUCCGGCGAACGGAAGACGCUGAACGGCGGGUGAGGGGAAAUGAGAAGUUCAAGCACUUCGGUGAGGACGAAGACGCGCCACACGUUCGGUUCGGAACCACGACGACAGUCUACGGAGGCGGAGGGGAAGGAGCCUCCCGAUACGACGAUGGCUGGGCUCUCUCCCUCGCCGAGGAGGACCGUCGCCGGGACGAGGCGGCGGUUCGGGAGGAGUAUGGCGACGACUUCGAUGAGCAGGAGUUUGGGGAUUGGAGGGACGGUGGAUGUGGAUGCGAGUGCGGGCGCGGCGAACGUGAUGAAGAGGACGAGAAGCUUGAAGAGGAGCGCGAUGAAGCGGAAGAGGUAAUUCGCCACGACCACAGCCGGCGCGUGUCAUGGGCUGUUGAUGAGUCUUCACGCCCGUGUGGUCACGAAGCAGAAGAAGGUGCUAAUACUCAACGUCACAGGUCGGAGGCGCAAAAGAAGGAGAUAGGAGAGGCGAUGCCUGGGUUCGAGGUGUGCGGUGUGGUAAUGAGAGACGGACUGCGGUUGCAUCCGAUGAACGGCGCGGUAUCGGGCUCUUCGACGACGGUCCAGGGACCCGGAAGAUCCUUGACGGCGAGGCAGGAUGGAAUGGAGAUGACCUUGGUCGAUUACUCCAGCGAUGAGACAUCCACCGCGGAAGAAGACCCCUCUGAUGGCGAGGGCAGUCGGUCUCAUCUACCGUCGCUGUACUUUGAGGAUUUGAGACGUAUGGUCGAAGAGGCGGUGGUUCCGGACCCCUUGAUCUCGGGGGCGGAUGUUGUCGAUGGGACUGGUGAUGACCAGACGAACGAGGCGGAAUCGAAAUCCACGCCGGACACGGAGGUGUUGUUUGAUUUCUCUGAGUAUUCCAAGGGACAUGAGCGGUCGAUUGGGGAUAUGCUGGACUCAUUCUCUGAAGAAUUUGAAGGGUGGCAGAAUGAUACUGAUGAAGAGGAGAAUCCCCCUUCGACUCCUGCUCACGACAUUAUCCGUCCCGUCGCCGGACUGGGUUGGUAUGACGACAAUGAGAGAUCGAGUUACUCUGAUGUUCGUCCCCAGGCUUUGAUCAUGAGUCUUACCAGGGCAGAUACAGAGUCCAACACGGCAUCAGAGAGUCCGUUAACGUUCCCCCUCCGCAAAGACUCGUUGGAACAUAGUCCCAGAGCCCUCACCUUUUCCGGGGUAUCCUGCGCGGCCGAGAAAGGAGAUGGCUUCACGACAACGGAAGCCGGUAAAUUUAAUAGAACACCCAUGAGGACACUCUUUGAUAACACGAGCCAGUUCUUCCAGUCGACUACCGUGGAAGACGACCACUGGAUAUCAACGCCAAGGUCACCAACGUCCCCGCGGCGCUCCUCGUCCGUCUACUCCUCAGACUCCUCGGGUAACGAAGGCUCUCUCUCACCCACCUCAAAGACAUCCCCAACCUCCCCGAGUGAGGGCGAAGAAGACGAAGAAGAGAUAGAUGACCUCCUCGACAUCUACGCAACCACAUCCCACUCCCACCACGGCAACCCCCUCUUCCCUGCAACGGACAAAGACCUCCUCCCCCCCUACCACCACUCUUCCCCUUCCGCUCUCGUCCCUCUCACCACAAUUGCCCGUGGCCUCUCUCUCCCCCAAACGACCCCUUACAACAUCCUUCAAACCCACCUCGCCCGUAACGCAAACAUCCUCCGCUACCUCGUCCUCCACUGCAUCCCCUCCCCAUCCAUAAACCCCCUCGAACCCCAAACCAACCUCGUCGAACCCAUCCUGCCUCUUCCCCUAAGUCCUGGCUCAGGAGAAUACGCCCAGAACUUCCCCUCUCACCCGCGCAGGCGCGAGUAUACCCGCCUCCUACAAGCCAUCCGCUCCGUGCAGUGGUCAGCAGACGCCAUCAACGACAUGCUCGCCGUAGUAGACUUCCACUCCCCUCUUCCAUCCCCUUCAUCUCCCUCAUUCUCGACGUACACUUCGCACAGACGAGCAUCCACGGCCCUCCCCGCCUUUCGAAAACUCCGCGCCGCAGACGCAGAGCGGCGGGGGUACCUUACCUCCGCGCAGCUUCACGAGCUAAGCAUGCACGGAAUCUCGCUCCUCGACGUGCUGCAGAUGAAUGACGUCCCGCGGGUUGUGAGUUCCGGGCUGGGCGGGCGGCUUGUUGCUGCCGCGGCGUCUGGGGCGUUGAGCGUCGCGAGGGAGUGUAAUCUGCUCGACGAAGAGGGUGCGUUGCUGGAGUUGCUCGCCGAUCCGGAGGAGGAAUUUGGCUCGAGGUCGAAAUCUCGGGAUCAAGGCAGACGUAGUGGAAGGGGAAGCGGACUGAGGUGUUGUAUUGGUGUUGAUGAUGAAGGUGAGGUGGGUUUCGAGGAGGAAGGGGCGGAUAGCGACGACAAGAUGGACGAUGAUGAGGAUGAGGGGUACGGAGAGGGAACGCGCUUCGAUGGCCUGGUCGACGAGAUGGACACAGGGCCUGUCGUUGAUGAUGGGGCGUACCUCGUUAGCCCCUUAUCCCCCGAGGCAUUCACCGCAGACCAGAUCUGGGAGGACCAGGGUGGUGUAGCCUCAGCACCGACGACGUCUCAACCCUCCGAGGACCUCAUGACCUUCUCUGAAGAUGGCGAGGAAGAAGAUGAGGAUGACAUCUACGAUCCACCUACAGACUGUACCCUUGAACAACCGGAAGCAGACCUCCGCGUCAAGCCGCUGAAUAUACCCAAAAAGAAACCCACGCUCAAGAGGUCACACAGCUUUCGAGAAAUCGAUAACACUGGAGAAGAGACCAGCACGGCUGUCCUGGUCGACAAUGAGACAGGCGAGGACCCCGAGUUGAGACGGUUCUUCAAUGAGAUUGGGGCGAUGCCUGUAGUUGCUGGCACGUCGGACGUUGUCAUUGAGUGA